AUGCCGAGCCUGAUCCCACCCAGCAUCGCCCCGGACCUGUUCCAUCGCAAAUGGCGAGUUUCAUUUAACUUGGGAGCACUUCGAACGGCGAGAGUUGCCCUGCCGUUCUCCCUGGACUGGAGGACGAAGCGAGUGCUGCAGUGGUGCGGUGUGCAGCAGGUUGUGCAGGGUUGUGACGCGCAGCAGGUUGUGCAGGGUUGUGACGCGCAGCAGCUUGUGCAGUUGAACGGGGCGAAGCAGAACAGGAUGCAGGGCGAACAGCAAGAAGCGGAGGGGGAGGAGAUAAGAUAUGUGGAAACGAGGCGUCGUUUGAGCAGUUGUGAUUGCUCUGGUGAAGAGAGAGUUGCAGAUGUCUCUGGUGGCAAUGCUGCUCUUGCUGCUGCUGCUGCUGCUGCUGCUGCUGCGGACAUCGGUGCUGCCAUUGGUGCUGCUGACGGUUGCAGCAGCAGGGAAUGCCAUCCUCUCUGGACUCCCCCGGACGCCUUAACGCAUGGCUCCAUUCGCCAUCCGCACUUCUCCUUCCCUCACCACCACCAGCAGCACCACCAGCACCACGAUCACCCCCAGCAGCGGCUUCAGCAGCACGAACAGCAGCCGCAGCCCUCAAACGAGCGUGUGCCAUCUGACCACGAUCCUCUCCUCUCUUUCUGCCACGUGUCACCUGCUGAUAGGCCGCACAUGCAUGAGGUUUCUGGUAACCACUCUGGAGUUGUAACUGGCCUUCGUUAUGUUACAAAUCCAGCAGCAGUUGUUGACAGGGGUGAUGCAAAUGGUGCAGAGGAUGCAGCAACAGGCGCAGAUAGACAAGUGAUGAACGAAGGACAAAAAGCAGCAGGAGUAGCAGCGAAUUCAGUAGCAGCAGCUGGACCAGUGGGUGUAGCAGUUGGCUUUGGUAACGUUGGGUCAAGUGCGGUUGGGUCUGGUGAAGCUGGGUCCGGCAGGGUGGGAGGAAGAUGGACGGACUGUUACUGCGAGGAGUGCAAUGAUGCUUAUGAAAAGCAGGCGUUACGUUUCACCGUGGUGGGAGGGAGUGCGGUGCAAGGGAGUGCGGUGGACAGGGGUGUGGUGGGAGGUGGUGCAGUGGGAGGGGAUGUAGUCAGAAGUAGUGUGGUUGAGGACGAGAAGCCUAUGGUUCCCAGCAGCAGCAGCACUGCAUCCCCUCUCUUGGACGCUGAAUGCAAGGAGAAGCCCACCGUACUCCUGCUGCAUGGCUUCGGUGCUGCUUCCUCCUUUUGGACUGACACCGCCGUGCCGUUUCUUCCCAGAAGCUUCCUGGAGGGCAGGAGGGUGGUGGCGGUUGACCUGCUGGGGUGGGGCAAGAGCCCCAAGCCGAGGGACUGUGACUAUAGCAUUGAGGAGCAUGUGAGCUGGAUAGAGCGCACGGUGCUGGCCCCGCUCAGCAUAUCCACCUUCCACAUCGUGGGGCACAGCAUGGGCUGCCUCAUAGCCGUGGUUCUGCCUGCUCCCCCUUCAUUCCCCCCAUUCUCCCUGGCCCCCACUCCCCCCAACCUCGUCCUCCACACCAGUUGGAUAGAGCUCACGGUGCUUGCUCCGCUCAACAUCUCCACCUUCCACAUCGUGGGGCACAGCAUGGGCUGCCUCAUAGCUGCCGUUCUGGCUGCUUGCAACCGGGACAGAGUGGUGUCUGUCUGCCUCUACUCGCCCGUGAGUGACAAUCUUUCCCACUAUCGGGAACACACACAGAGCACUGGUUCUGUUGUUGCUGCCUGUAUGGCUGCUUGCAACCGGGACAGAGUGGUGUCUGUCUGCCUCUACUCCCCUGUGAGUAGCCCUCUCAGUAUUGGAAUAACAGGCCUCACGCCAGCAGAGGAGUUUUACCGCCUCCCGUUCAUCCCCCCUCGGCCAGGCCUCACGUCAGCAGAGGAGUUUUACCGCCUCGUCACCCCGCGCUGCCUCUCCUCUGCACUGCUCUUGGGCAUCAGCGUCAUGUCGUGGUUUGAACACGUGGGCCGAGUCAUCUGUGCCUUGCUGGCGCAAUUCCAUUGGCUCUCUGACCCCCUUGCCGCUCUCCUGCUGCCCCGGAUAGGAGCCAAGUGA